GAUGCCGAACCUGACGCUGCUCGGACCGACCAGCGACCUGGCGCCGGACAGACGAAGGCCACCAGACGGCGCCAGCUCGUCUCCGCCCCGAGUCCGGCGCCGCCGAUCGUCAUGACCUCCAUCUCAGACGACCCAGAGACCCUCGGCGCAUCGUCACUCAGGCCAGCGUCCAGCAUAACGACGGCGCCGGUCGGCCGAUCUCGUUCACGACUGGACAGCGUCGGGUCAGUCGUGAAGGUGGUCCGUGCCAACUCAGCCGGACCAACUGGACCAACCGGACCAUCGCGACAGGAGAGGCCCCCAUGCACUUCACUGUCUCGGCAGACGGACUCGAGGCCUGGCCGCAUCUCCGACCGGCCAGAGAGGCCUCCUUUUCGGUCUAACUCAGCCGCCCGCUGUUCCGCCUGCCUGUACCUGCAGCAAAGUUGGCGCCAGAGCCAGCCGCUGCCUGGCGCACCUUCGCCCCCUGCCGACGGCGUGGACGUGGCCGGGUCGUCAGGCUGUCUCGCCCACCGUGACCACCGAAGGGUCUCGGAUGGGCCAGCAACAGUCCGGCCUGCUACCAGUUUUGCUCAGUUCCAGCCUGAUGAAUUCAACGAUGCUCCGUUUUGGAGCCACUGCUCGAGGUCGGAAGAGGUUGGUCGAAGUUGA